AUGUCACAGCAAACAACACAGCAUCAGUUUCCUCAGUUUUAUUGCUGCUAUCUGCUACAAUCGAUCAACAAAAGACAGUCGUUUUAUAUAGGAUCAACUCCAAACCCAAUACGACGUUUAAGGCAGCAUAAUGGGAAGCUGACAGUUGGUGGGGCAUACAGAACUAAACGUGACGGUUCAAGACCCUGGGAAAUGAUAAUGAUUGUACGAGGCUUCCCAAGUAAAAUCGCAGCUUUACAAUUUGAACAUGCGUGGCAACAUGGAUAUCAAACGCAUUAUAUAGCUGAGAACGAUCGAAUAGUAAAGCAUAAAGCAGGUGGACGAACUCUGCACCAUAAAAUUGCAUUGAUGAAGUUACUACUACGGCAUGAGUUCUUCCAACGGAUGAACUUGACUGUUGAAAUUUUCAAUUUAAAGAGCUGGGGAAUUUGGAAGCAAGAUAAAUUUAAAAUUGAAAAUGGAUCAAUUGAAAUAAAUGUUCAGAUAUGUGAGAAUGCUCUUAAUGAACCAAAGGGAAACACCAUAGACGAUCUCAUGGAUCAUAGUGACGAGAAUCUGAAACUGAUAGAGAUUGUUUACACCAAGGUUCUUGCAACUGAAAAGACGACAUUUGAAUCUUUUGAGGAAAAAUUGACUACAGGUUUAAUACGAUGUGGGAUCUGCGAGAAAGAGAUUGACUACACAUCUGAAAAAAAAGUCUUAAAACCGUUCAUUGCACUUUGCGAUAAUGAAAAAUGCGGAUGUAUUAGUCAUUUGAAAUGCCUGUAUAGAUACUUUUUAGAUGAUGAACAGUUGAUAAUGGGAAAAAGAAACUUGAUACCUAAAGGAGGUAAAUGCCCCAACUGCGAGAAACUCUGGCAAUGGACGACAUUGGUCAAGUAUUCUACAAGAAUGAAAAUAGCAUACGGAAAGUAG